AUGGAGUUUUUUGCUAUCAAUAACGCUGACGACACGAAGCGUAAGUUUAAAGCCACACGUGCCCUUGCCACUAAUAAACAAGCAGAACCAAUAUCAGUGUUCAACGCAGACAAUCAGCUCGUUGGAAACGAUGAAGAGAAGGCUGCCAUUGUCCGAGAAUGGUUCUUGCAACACUAUGCCAGUUCAGAACCCCCUUUACAACCCUUCAUAGGACCUCCUAGACCCCUUCAGACUCCUAUAACCUGUGAAGAAGUACAGUUUGCAGCCUCAAAGUUGAAGAAUGGUAAGGCAGUAGGCCCAGAUCAGAUUCCCAAUGAGCUUCUAAAAUAUGCUCCUGAAAAUUUCUACAGACAAUAUGCUACCCUCAUUAACCAAUCUUUUGAGCGUAAUGAACAUGUUCCAUAUUUUACAGAGGGAUAUUUAGCACCACUGCAGAAGCCUGGCAAACCCAAAGGACCAGUUAAGAGUCUCAGGCCCCUAUGUCUUCUCAACGGCACUAGGAAGCUCUUGUCCCUUAUAACACUUCACAGGGUCAGGAGACAGAUUGCUGAGUAUACUGGACCCUGGCAAAAUGCGUACAAGGCAGGUCACAGUUGUGCGAAUAUUGUAUGGACCCAACGCCUACUUAUAUCUGUAGUGAAGGAGAAAAGAUGGGAAUUCUCCAAAAUGGGCAUUGAUAUGAGCUCAGCUUUUGACACCAUAAAGCGACCAGUAAUUCUUGACUUGCUAAAGGAAGCUGGUUGCUGUGACGACGACAUCAGGUUAGCAAGGUAUUUGUUGUCAAAUACCAAGCUCAGAAUUAAGAUUGACGAAACAAUCUCUCUGGAGUUUGAAACCUCCAACGGAUCUUUCCAAGGUGAUGGAGCUUCAGGGGCAUUUUUUACUCUAUACUUUGCUGGCGCUCUGUACCACUUAAGAGUAGUGUUAUCAUUUCACUUCCUGCGUCCAAACCCUCCUUUUGACCCAGACUCUCUCUUACCAAUAGAAUGGGAGUAUGCAGAUGAUGCAGAUUUCGGUGAUGAAGACGAAGAAAAUCUGCAUGAGAUGCUGCCUAUUUGCAGAGAAAUCUUGGCUGAAUGGGACCUACUUGUUAACGAAGACAAGACUGAAUUUGUCCGUUUCUAUAUAGCAGACAAAACAGAUGUCGACAAGAAAGGAGAGCCAUUAAGAGGUAGAGAGCCAUGGAGGAAGAGUGUGUCACUGGGAUCCAGGCUUUGCAGCAAAUCUGACAUACUUCACCGCUGUAUCCUAGCUAAUGUUGCUUUCGAAAAGUACAACAAAGUCUGGCUGGAAAAGUCCCGAAUUUCACUGGACACCAAAGUGAAAUUAUACGAGGCCCUUGUUACCCCAGAACUGCUGUACAACUGCAAUAGCUGGGCCGCUCCAGAGAAAAUCCUUCAGAAAGUGGAUGUGUGUCAGCGCAAACAUUUGCGGCGGAUAAUGAACUCCGCUUAUCCCCGAAUCAUCAGUAACCGAGACCUUUAUGCUCGUUGUGGGGUGACUCCAUUAACAGAGAGGGUUGCUAAGUCUCGCUGGAAAAUGCUCGGUCAUAUCCUUAGAAGUGAUUGUAACUCCCCACCCCAACUAGCAUUGAGUUUUACUGUUGAGAGUAUGGAGAAUAUGAAAGGGAGAAUUGGUAGACAUCAGAUCAAGUUCUUCACGUAG